AUGGGUCACGGAUUUCUCGAAAAUACAAGCCAUGUUGGUCCCACAAUUGUCACGUCACGUGAAAAUACCUUACGCACGAACCUUGGAGGAUUCCUGAAUGCGGUAGAGCAUUACAAAACUGACGAUGUUGGGUCUCUAUGGGGAAAUAUAGAAUUCGGGUUUAUGAGCGUGUUCACGUACAAUUCCCCUACUCGUCCUGAAAAUGGCGUGCGAGAGACUCGGGUUGCUGUGAAUUACAAUUUUGACGACCGUGGAAAGAAACUUGUGGGACAACCUGUUCCUUAA